AUGCGUUUCGAAAUCUUCCUCGCUGGUAUCAUUGCUUCUGCAUCGGCUCAAAUCCUCGAAACAGGACAAGACGAACCCAGCGCUGAGGUUUCUAAUCUGGCCACCUCCCUGAUUCCCGCUCCUCCUGUCGAAGCACAGGUGACCGACCUCGCUGCCCCAGAAAUUUACGAAGAACUCCUUGGUCCAGUUGGUGGUAUCCUAUCAGCAAUCGCACAUAGUGUCGAGACUUCGGUCCUGGGAAAGGUGACCGAUGUUCCGGCCAGUGAGCUGAAUAAGCUUUCGAGCAGCAUCGCCGCGAAGGAGUCUGAUGUUCUGGGAGGAGCGAUUUCGGCGGCGGCGGAGGCGAGUGCAACGAAGAAGCAAGAUGCGGACAGGAAGGAGGAGGCAUUGCCGGUUAACACGGGGGUGAGGAUUAGUGAUAACGAUGGGGUAGGUAAUAGGGACGAUGAUAAGGAUCAUGAUGAAGAUCGUGAGGACCAUGACGAUGAUCAUAAUGACCAUGACGAUGAUCAUAAUUACCAUGAAGAUGAUCAUAAGGACCAUGAUAAGGACCAUGAUAAGGAUGAUGAUAGGGGUGAUGAUAAGGAUGAUGAUAAUGAUAGAAGGCAGCAGAAGCAAGUUGAUGAGGGUGAGGAUGAUGCAACUGGAGCUGAUGCAGCCGCUACUGGUGACGCAGCUGAAGACGAUGCUGCUACUGCUGGUGACAACGUGGACGCUGGCGACAUCGUCGAUGAAGCAAACGGCCGAGUUGGCGCAGAAACCGACGAUAAAGUCGUGGAUGAUGCUGAAGCGCAGAGCGGAGCCGACGAAGACAACAUUACCAGCCCUGAGAGUUUGAGGAAGAGGUACAGCAAAUUAAGUGAGAACGCCGCAGAGACCCUUGUGGCUUGGUCUCCAGUCAUUUGUAUUUUGUUUGGAGCGGUGGUUUUGCUUUUGUAG